GUCGCUAACGUACCAAUGUUAAAUUAAAUAAAUUCUCUUUGCUCAGCUGCUCAGUGCUUUGAAAUUGACUUUGCAAUUUUGUAGUUUUAUUUUAAUUUAAAACUUCUAAAGUAAAUAGGCAGUAGAAUUAUUUAAACAAACCAUCCAAAAACUGCAUAGGAUUUUGAUUCAAAAUGCCCCACAGUCAUUGUCAUGAUGACCAUCACGAUCACGACCAUUCAGGUUCUGAAGAGAUGGGAAUUCAAUACAAUUUAUAUGUGAAAAUAGAUUUAGAUAAUUUACAGUGUUUAAAUGAAAGAAUUGAAGGUGCUGGUAAAACUGUAUUUAAAUCAUGGGAUAAGAGAUUGGACAGGACUAAUUUUGUUGAAAGUGAUGCAGAUGAAGAAUUAUUAUUUAAUAUCCCCUUUACAGGGAAUGUAAAACUUAAGGGCAUCAGAGUUGCAUCUGAAGAUACUGAAUGUCAUCCAAACAAAUUAAGAUUAUUCAAAAAUAAACCAAAUAUGACUUUUGAUGAGGUAACAAUGGAGCCUGAUCAAAUUUUCGAUCUACAGAAAGACAGUGAAAGUGUACUUGAAUAUUCACCAAAAGUAGUCACUUUUUCAUCUGUGUCGCAUUUGACAAUGCACUUUCCCAGUAAUUUUGGUGCAGACACUACCAAAAUUUACUAUAUUGGACUACGGGGUGAAUGGACACCAGGCCAUCGCCAUGGCGUCACAAUCUGUACAUAUGAAGCAAGACCAAACUUAAGUGAUCAUAAAAUGAAACAUUUGGAUUCUGUUUCUAGACAUAUAGAUUAAGAAGUCAUUAUUAUUUAAUAGUCAA